AUGAAGCACGAGCUGAAAAAGGUGGUGGUGCCUAUGGCCAUCACUGAGUUUCCGGUCUUGGUGGAGAAGGCAAAAAUUGUUGAGCGGUUAGAAGGUGGCAACCGUGUGACUAGGACUGCUGAGGGACCAGCUGGGUCCAAAAAGGGAGGAAAUCAAAGGAAGCCAUAUGAUAGGCCCCAACAACAACAAUGGGGUCCUAUCAUUAGGCAACCUUAUGAUGCUGCUAGAGGAGGGGGACAGAGUGGAGGUGCCACUCUUAGAUGUUACAGGUGUGUUGGACCGCAUUUUGUAAGGGAUUUUCCACACACGGAGAGCCAGUGUUUCAAGUGCCAUCAGAUGGGUCAUGAGUCGAUCAACUGUCCCGCCAGAAACAGACCGAAGAGAAAUGCUCAGAGGGGUGGUGCCCAGAGAGAUCUUGUAAAUGGGAAGGGUAGAGAUGCUGGUAAGGAUGUGAUGAUUCUUUUCGACUCUGGUGUUUCUCAUUCAUUUAUAUCUUAUGCUUGUGCUGCUAUGCUGGGCGUGCCUCUGUGUGAUUUGGGGUUGAGACUGCUAGUGUCAACGCCUGCUUCUGCUUAG